AUAACCAAUAAAAAUAAAUCUACAUUCGAAAACUGCAAUAGGAAUCCAUGUUAUCUGACUGGCAUAAUAUACAUAUAUCGUUGAGACCAUCUAUUUUUUGGGUGCAGUUAAGACCAAUCUAUAAAUUUUUUAAAAUACUAGUACCCGCACAAAAAAAGAUACUAGUAUUAUUUCCUCUAACCAAUAAAAAAAACUUCAGAUCCAUCUCCGACGCGCUCGUUCAACUCUUCUCAUUCACUAGCUAGCCAAACUAGUCGUCGAUGAACGGAACCAGACUAAUAUUUAAUUACAUAACAAAGCCCGGAUCUUAACAUGACUCAAUACUUCCUUCAUUAAGGUUGGUUUGGUGUAUAUAUGAAUGCAUAUGUAGAUGUAUCACGUAUAUAGGAUCUUAAACACCCAUGAUUACUCGUAACAUCGAAAUGUUACCGACCAAUAUAAUUUUUACUUUUGGGAAUCAGCGCAAAGUAAAGGCACUAGUUAACAAUCCACCUGAAACUGUCUAGUCAAUAAGUUUAAGUGCAUGGGAGAUAUCUUUGACUAAAACUUUUUACUAUUUUCUCUUUACGUAUCAGCCUAAUUAAACUUAUAUGCACACUCAUAUAUGGAACAAAAUCCGUAUAUGUGUAACGUUUGGUAAUAUAAAGCUUAUACCAGCUAGCUAUUUAAGCGUUUUUUUUUGCUUGCAGGAAUAAAAAAAUUAAUAAAUGGAAGAGGAAAACCAAAAAACACAUCGAUCAGUUUCACGUAAAGACCGGAGUCAUGGCGCCGACGAAGAAGCAGCGCCAGGAGACAAAUGCUCCGGUGAAAGGUGCCGGUCUUCGUGGGCUGCGGCGGCGAUAGCAGACUGUGUGGCGCUUUGCUGUUGUCCCUGCGCCGUCGUGAACCUCCUCACACUUGCCUUCGUCAAGGUCCCGUGGAUGAUUGGGCGGAAAUGCAUCGGACGGAGAAAGAAGAGGAAGAAAAAGAUAGAGCGUGAGGAUCGUUUUCAUCACAACCAGAGGCCGGAGACGGUAAAAGGCGUGAGUGGUGGAUGUUGCGGCGGAGGAUAUGGAGAGUGGGAUGACCACCGGUUUGUGGUGGAGAGAGAUGGAAGUCUAACGAAGGAGGAGGAGGAGAAAACGGCGAGUUUUAGGGGAGAGGGUGAGGCGAGGAUCAGUGCGAGAGAUGAAGCUGAGAGAGUUUGGUUGGAAUUGUAUCAGAUUGGACAUCUUGGCUUCGGUAGAGUCUCUUUCACUGGUAUUCAUCAGUAAAAAACAAUUUAAAAAUAAAAUCUUUAGUA